GAACAGUCUCAGCCUUCUAUCCUCCACUCACUCAUGGCUCUUUUUGUAGCCAAUGGCAACGGUUGUUGUGGUGGCAGAAUCAUCUGCAACAAGCCCAUCAGAAACCACCCCUACGGCCACCGCCUCCUCCAUCGUCCCCAAAUCCUUUUCCCAUUCUCACCCAGAAGAGCUCUCCAUAUAGUCUCGGCCAAGAAGUUGUCGUCUCGAACUGGCCGCUUUGACAGCAAGAACAGGAGGAGCUCCACCACCACCAGAGACCAGGAAGAUGAUGAAGAAGAAAAAGGGAUUGCUGAGAUUGAAAGGAGUAAUGUUAGUGAAGCUAUUAGUGCUAGUAAAGUUGAAAAUGUGGGUACAAGUACAGUUGAUGUGGAGGAUGAUGGCUAUUUCUUGCCUAAACUCCCAGGGGAUGAGCCAGACUUCUGGGAAGGUCCGCAGUGGGAUGCUCUUGGGUUCUUUGUGCAGUAUUUGUGGGCUUUUGGCAUUGUUUUCGCGCUAAUUGCAUGUGGAAUUGCUGUGGCUACAUACAAUGAAGGAGCAACAGAUUUUAAGGAGACUCCUGCAUACAAAGAGUCAAUCCAAUCUCGAGAGCUUUUAGAAGAACCUGAAGCAUCUAAUUCUGAUGUGUUUGAAUCCAAUCCAACUGAGGUAGCGCCUAGUUUGGACUAGUUUCUUGAAAAAAAUGUGAAGAAAAGCCUUGGCAGUAAUCAUGGCAAAAACAAAUCCUAAGAAAAGUAUUGUCCUUGGUUGAUAAGGUAAUGCUUCCAUGCUGUAACAUGUCAAACAUACAGAAGAUUUGUUAGUAUGAAUUCAGUUUACUAGCGAGUUUGAAAUGUUAGGCUAUUUGAUUACUGAUGAUUUUCAUAGUCUAAGUUUCUGUUAUGUAAAUCUUGCGGAUUGCUAGUUACUUUGAAAGAGCUAUUCAAAUGGAAAUCAACUUCAUUUGGUAUA